AUGAGCCCCGGACUCGUCCCCAUGCAGGAGAGCAGAGCCAACGGCAACCAGGACGCCCUGCACAUCCCCAGCGACCUCGUCAUCGAGAUCAUCACGCACCUCCCCGUGCAGGACGCGCUCGCCACGCGGGCUGUCUGCCGGGCCUGGCGACGGGCCAUCGAUGACUACCUUGCAUCCAAUUGCGACCUCCACGUCGUCCGCCAGCCCGGGAUCCGCGCCUGGCCGGGCCCGCUGUCCGUCGAGGAGUCAGCGACGGCCAUGGUAGCCUGCUUGCAAAGUUACGUUGACGCCUGGAAGACCGUGGACGUCGCACCGCCUUGCGCAGCGGGGGAUUGCGCGGUGGCGAUCGCUGACGUCGCCCGCGCCCUUGCGUACCUGCCGCGCCUCGAGCACCUCGAUCUCUCGAAGUGCGGGGCGCUCACGGAUUCGGUGCUCGAAGCCAUGACGUGGGACGCGGGGGGCCUGCCUGCCUUGCGCGGCCUCCGCCUCAUCGGGACGCGCGAUCUCACGGACGCCGUGCUCCCGAGCAUCGUAGCAGCUGCGCCGAACCUGCAGGAGCUGGCGCUCGGGGGCGCCGGCGCCCGGUUCUCGAUCGACGCUGUCGCGGAGACUCUAGAGGUUCUACCAGCCCUGACAUCACUCGAGCUCCUUGACCUGCCGUGGCCCGCCAAGUCCUCCCACGAGAGCCCCUGGCUGGAGUCAGGGGCGCGGCUGAUGCGUGCGGUGUGCCGGCUGCGCAACCUCCGGUCCCUGAGCCUGUCCGGCAUCUUGAUCGACCGACGUCUCUGGGACAGCGCGGACGUGGCGUCGCUGACGCAGCUCGAGAGCCUCAGCCUCACGAGCUGCGUGAUCAUGUGCGGCAAGCUCGCGCAGCUCGCGGGCGUCCCCACGCUGCGCGCACUCACCAUCGCAGGCCCGCGCUCAAUCGAGUGGGAGCCCGGGGCCCCGUCGUUCCUCGACGCGCUCGCGAUGCUGGCACCCACGCUCCGCGUCCUGCACCUCGUCGGACUGUACGUGCCGCUGUGGUCGGCGGGCGGCGGCGCCGGGGCGCUCGGGAGCAUCACGGGCCUGACGUCGCUGACGCUGCGGUCGUGCUCGCUGCGCGGGGACGCGGUCGUUGAGGCGACGGCGCGGAUGUCGAGCCUCGAGUCGCUCGACCUGUCGUCCUGCAAGGACGUGCAUCACACGACGCUGCUGGCGGGCCUGCCCCGCGGGCUGAAGCGCCUGCGACUCGCGGGGUGCCUCUGGUGCGACAACAACUUUGCGAUGCUGCUGCGCGGAGCCAAACAGAAGUUCGAGGUCCUCGAUCUCACGGCCACGCCCCUCACCGCCACAGGGAUUCAGCUGCUGGCGCCCAUGGCCGCGCUGGAGGGCGGCACGCUCGUGUGUCUCGUCCUGCCGUCGACGUCGUUCGCCGAGGCGCAGUGGGGGGGUAUUGCAGGGCUGUUCCCGAGACUCCCCGUGCUGACAGGGCGGUGGGCGACGGCCGAGCCGCUCGGCGGCUGGACGGAGCCGCCGCCGCCGGAGUACGGGGACUGGCUGCCGCGCGCGGGACUGUGGAUAUCUCGACGUCACAAAGCAUCAGGCGCCUGA